GCCAACGAGAGAGCCGAGGCCGGCCUCGGGAGCUGCUGGUAGGCCCUGCUGGGCAGAGGCGGGAAACUGCGAGCGACAGCUAGCGCGAUGGCCGACUCGCGGAAACACUGAGCGGCUCCCGUCCCCGGCGCCAUGGGCCCCGCCACGUUGGGGUGAGCAGGAGGCGGCGGCGGCGGUCGUAACCGUUAGAGGCGAGGAGGGUAAGAUGUGACUUCCCAGGAAAAUGAAACCAAGUGGUUUGAAGAGCAGCAGCAAAGGACAGCUCCCCUGUGAUAUGCAAGGAAGAACAGAAAGAAGCAAACCUCCCCUGAAAAAUGUGAAGAAAGAUUCCACAAAAUCAGAUAAACUAAAAUGCAAACCACUUACUGGGAAGGUGUUUUACCUUGAUAUUCCAUCCAAUGUCCUCUCUGAGAAAAUAGCAAAAGAUCUUAAAGAAUUGGGAGGGAGAGUGGAAGGAUUCCUGAGCAAAGAUAUUAGCUAUUUAAUCUCUAAUAAAAAGGAAGCAAAAUUUGCUCAAACUCUUGGACAAAUAUCUCCAGUCCCGAGCCCAGACUCCGUAUAUAAUGGUGGAAACAGUUCGCCUCAUCCAAGCAGCAGAAGAGACAGGCAUGAAGGAAGUUCAUUCAAGCUAGUGGACACAGUACGCAUGAGUAGAGGAAAAUCUUUAGUUGAAAAAGCAAUAAAAGAACAGGAAUUAAUCCCCUCUGGUAGUAUUUUGUCCAAUGCCUUGAGUUGGGGAGUGAAAAUACUUCAUGUUGAUGAUAUUAAGAAGUAUAUUGAUCAGAAGAAAAAAGAUAUCUCUCUGAUCAAGAAAUCAAGCACCGAAAUCAAAUGUGCGGAAAAAGAGUCAGUUGAUCAGAAAACAAAAAAUAAACUGAAAAAUCCUUUUCUGAAGGUUGAAGACAGAAGACGACGCUACAGACCCUUUUACUUGCAACUGUCCAGCUUUCCAGUUGUCAACUAUUCCAAUCCAAAACCUUACAGUCCAUUUGAAACAGAAAAGAAGAAUAUAAUUGCUCAUAAGCAAAUUGAGAAUAAACAAAGAAAUCCAGCAAAUAAUGACAAAGGGAAGGGCCCAGUUCAGCUUCCUGCAAAACAUAAAAAGAGAAAAGGGUACUGUGAAUGUUGUCUGAAGAAGUAUGAUGACCUUCAAAUACAUGUUGAAAGUGAGCAACACCAGAACUUUGCUCAAAGUUCUCACUAUCAAGUUGUGGAUGACAUUAUUUCCAAGUUUUCUUGUAACUUUGUAGAGUUGAGUACACCAAAAAUUAAAAGGAGGAAGUGUAGUGUUGGGCAAUUUGCUCCUCUCAUCGGAACAAAAACAGAAGAGCUGAAAGAGCGGUUGAAGAGGCAAGACAGUUCACUGAGGUGGUAUUCUAGGAAAAGCAUUACAACACAGGCACUGAAUGAAGGUUCUCAACACCUGGAAAUGUAUCCUAAAUCUGCACACAAAAAUUCUACCUCUGAAUCUUCAUGUUCUGUUUAUUCCUAUCACACCAUCUGUUCUUCAGAAGCAUCAAGAAAAGUCAGUGGCAACACUGAAAGUGGUAAAAUGCCCAAAGCUUCAAAUUUAUCAGAGAUUGCUUUAUCAACCAACUUGGUACAUCUUCCUCCCCAGAAAGAAAGUAAACAAUGCAUGAAAAACUUGCCCGAAAUUUAUGAACACUAUGAGCCUAUUUCAAGACAGAAUUUACAAGGAUUAUCAACAAAUUUAAACUCUCUACAUACUCGGAUUCCAGGCUCUGAAUUUAGUGAAAGGCAAAACAUAUCAAAGCCAAAACGAAAAUUGAACCAUACGGUUCUCCUGCCAGCAAAAUGUCUGAAGAAGGUAGACACUCGUUCGGCAAUUGACCUUAGGGUGGAGAGCAGCUGUUUUCCGAGAGAACUCACGGUCCUUCUAGAGCCAGAAAAGCCAUUGCUUAGUCCUCCCUCAAACAAAGAGCCUAAUGAGUUGACGGACAUUAAUAUACAAAGCUCACCAAUAAAACUCAGCAGAAAAGCCAUGCAUUCCAUAGGAAGAAAUAAAAACGGAAAUCAGAAACAAAAAAUGGAGUUAUGUUUACAUCAGCCUGAUGAACUACCUGUUCCAGAAGAAACAAAAAAUGUACAAAGCUCAUCAGCACAAGCACUGUUGCAGUUAUUUCAGACCAGCGAAGCAAAUUCUGAUUUUGGGGGUUUCUCAAGCAUACAAGAGAACAAAGAUUCAAAUUUAAUGAAAGACACAUGGGAAGACCAGCAUACAGAUGCUUUGUGGUCUUUGUUUUCUACCUCUGCCUCUUCGUCACCAUUUAUUGGAUUUUAAUGCUGCUUUCUUUAAAACGAUGAGUUUUGAAUAAAUGUGGAAACUGAAA